AUGGACGACGAUCCAACACCGUCUCCAACGCCUCCCUGUAGUCCACUUGGCCGAGCAAUGCACAAUGAUGCACCGACAAUAUCAGAGAUCACACAACUAACCCGCCAACAACUUACCACAGCUAGCAAGAUCGAUCCGAUUCGCGAAUGCGGACGCGCCGCGCUUGCCAUUCUGCCACAAGAUCCGCAUACCUGUCAGCAGCUAGCGUAUCAGAAACUACACGAUGUGCCAUACAGGGACGUCAAGACUUGUUGGAGAAGGCUGUACACAGAUGCGACGUUGUGGAAGGUUGUGGAGCUGGCAGAAGGUGGGACUGAAGAAGAGAAGGCGGAUUGGAUAGAUGAGGUUGUGAGGGCUCUAGACAUGGCGCUCAUCUUGACGGGAGCGCCAGGGAGGGAGGAGCUCGUGGAAUUGUGGUUUGAGGCACUGAAGGAAGCCCUAACGUCUGAGUAUGAGUCCGAACGACCCGUGAAGAGAAGGAAGAUUACGACAGACAAGACCAUUGCAAAGCCACCUUCGAGCUUUUCGAUAGCACUCCCAGAACCUACGCCAAUCCUACGAUACCCUAUCGCACGUUCGAAGGAAAUUAGCAUGUCAGCAUUUCAAGCAAAAGUUUCGGACUUGGCCAAGCAUAUACCCAUGAUUAUCGAGGGUGCUUUGCAGCACUGGCCGGCUCUUGAUGAGCGGCCGUGGAGCCGACCUAGCUAUUUGCUAGAGCAGACGCUAGGUGGCAGGAGGUUGGUUCCCGUCGAGGUAGGAAAGAGCUAUACCGAUGAAGGGUGGGGACAGAAGAUUAUCACAUUCAAAGAAUUCAUGGACACCUACAUGCUCCAAACAGACCCUGAUGUCCAAAGUCCUGGAGAAGCAUCCAAGAGAGGUUACUUGGCCCAACAUGACCUCUUCGCUCAAAUCCCAUCUCUACGCGCAGAUAUCAGUAUACCAGACUAUUGCUAUUGCAAUCCUGCAUCAUCGCAACACGUUACGCAAACCAAGCCUACAGCAAAGCUCGAAGAACCUUUGCUGAAUGCAUGGUUUGGACCCGCGGGUACCGUGUCACCACUCCACACAGAUCCAUACCACAACAUCCUCGCACAAGUGGUAGGCUACAAAUAUGUCAGACUCUAUGCUCCCGGGCAUACUGAGCAAUUGUACCCGCGCAGCAUAGACGAGAACGGAGUAGACAUGAGCAAUACGAGCCAAGUCGAUCUAGACCAAGCGAUACGCUUGCUCGGUGAAAGACAAUAUUGGCAGCAGGACGAAAAUACGGAUAUAUCCGAUCUCGAGCAAGUGAGACGCAACUUUGAAGAGCAAUUUCCACAUUUCAAAUCUGCUCCCUACAUGGAAGCUAUUCUCGCACCUGGCGAAUGUCUCUAUCUACCUGUGGGAUGGUGGCAUUACAUUCGCAGUCUGACGCCUAGCUUUAGUGUGAGCUUUUGGUUUAAUUGA